UUAGAGGCAAGUCCGAAUGACGCGCUACUUCGGAAGCAUCCGAGACCAUAGAUUUUCACAUGCGUGCCAACCGAGUGGGUUUCAACUUUGUACUUCGUAAUAAUUAUUUAUUAUUUCUACGAGUCUUCUGAAUUACACGGUCAAUAUAAAACGAAAAUGCUACCUACACCAAACCAAUAUGUAUACGCAUACCGAGGUCUCUACCGAGCUCUAUUACAUGCUGUACAAUAUGCAAAACCGGCACGCUACAUGGGAAGAAACAUGUUGAGAGACGAAUUUCGCAAAGGAAAUCCGGAAACAUUUGAUCAAAUACGAAUUGACAAUACCAUCAAAUUUCUAAAACUUGCGGCCAAAGAAACUGGUCUGGAGCACAAGUUAGUCAAAAACCUGCUUAGGGUACAGUAUGAGCGGGGGGUUCAAUGGAAAAUGUAAAGCCACCUUUAACCCGUAUCAGUAUCGAUAUUGCACUGCUAAAUCUCUAGCAGGCAACUCAGGGAAAAGACUCCUAUGCAGAAACAUUUGAGGCAGAAUACCAUGACGCAUUACGACAAAACUAUUGAAAUGCUCAACGAAAGCAUGGGUCUAUGUCUACGUUGAGGCGUUCCAAAUAGAGGGAAUAAGUCAUGUAAUCAACUUUCAGGCUUUACGUCUAACAUCACCUCAGAGUAGUAGUUGAUGUUUGCAGAGGACCAUUCUAUCUGUUGAAACACGUAUAUUUUCGAUGCUGUUAAAGUGAAAGGUCAUCCGAUGAAUGUUUAUUAUAUAUCUCAAAUUCCGAUGACUUGAGUUAUAAAUGACAUGGAGGAUCAGCGGCGUGCAUGGCCUACCUAGGUAGUCGUAUGGGGAUGAUUGCCGUACCACCUGUCUAGUCCUACGGAUGGUUGGGAGAUGGUACCUGUGGAUGGAGCGGCAAGCUAGAUCUGGGGCUAGCUGAUAUUUGGACUGGUACACAGCCUCUCACACUUAUCUUAUAGCAAGAAUCUAUGACGAAUGAUACUGAUGAGAUCAUUUCAGAUGACUACCAUCAAUAGCCUGAUUGUCUACGAGUAGCACCUCAGUAGUUUCACC